AUGGGGGAAGUUUCCUCAAAGCAUUCCCUGAAUUAUGGAUGCUUGAGCGAUGAGGAUGUAGAAAAGAUAAGGAAAAAAUUUAAUUUAAACAAAAAAGAAAUAAACGAAAGAAUCCGAAUUCUAGAUUUCAUAUAUGUAUAUCCACAUAUUUUAAGACCAUACAUCGCCCUUGUACUUCCAUCAUUUCAUGAAGUUUUAAGAAAAAGUAAUCGAAAAAAUGAGAAGAGAGCGAAUAAUUAUGCAUUAAAUUAUGCUUUAAAUAUCAUUUUUAACAAAAAUAGUAAAAAAGUUAGUAAUGAACUAUCCCUACAGGAUAUCAUAAAUAUACUCCAUUACAUUCGUACCUCCAAAACACGAGUCCUUGUAAGGGUAUUAUUUGGAAGUUUUCUAAAGUAUAUUGUAUCCGAGGGUAGCAAUAGUAGGAUAAUUAAUAAUGAUAUUCGAUCAACUAAAUUAAAAAGUGUGGAAAAGAAUGAAGGAGUUGAAAAUGAAAAUUGCAUGGAAAGAGUAUCUCUUAAGGAAAAUGGGGAACGAAAUGGGGAGAAAAAUGAAAAAAAAGUAGAUAAUUAUGAUUCUGUUUUUUUCACUCCCAAUCGGAAGGAUUCGGAUGCUUGCACACAUUCAAAUGAUGACGUUACAAAUGAGGAUGGAGAAGAAGUAGCAGUGCAGGAGAAGGGUGGUGAUAUUCAUAGCAGUAAUUACAACAAUUACAGCAAUCAGAGCAAUUACAACAACUGCAAUAAUCAUAAUGAUUAUGAAGCCUCUUCUGGGGAGACAGACGAUUUAGGAAGAAAUCAUAACUCGUUUGAAUUCGUUUUUUCAGACUCGAACAUAAACACAAUAAAUAAAAAUAAAAAGAAAGAAAGAAAUUAUAAAUUCAUCAAGGAUAAUAUAUUCUUUCUAGAUAAUCAUAAAUUAAAAAAUCGAUAUCCACGAAAUUAUCUUAUGAAAGAUUUAGUAUCAGUAGAAGAAGCUAUACAUCAUCUAUUCACGUAUAUGUAUAUUGAACAACUAUACAUUCUUUGUUCAAGUAAUAUACUAUUUAAAUUAACCAAUAAAUAUCCCCUACCUGAAAAAAGUAAUUUUUUAAAAGAUUCUGCAACAAGUGUAUAUGAUGAUGUUGGAACAAUGAAGAGGAAAAACAGCUGGGAUGUAUCUUAUUUUUUUAAUGAAGUAUUUUAUUCAUUAGAAGCUACCCUAGAUUUUCGAAAUAUUAUUACAGGAUUCAGAUUAUUUGUAAACUCCAUUGAUAAUAAUAAGCAUUCCAUAUAUUCCCUGGCCAUUGAAUAUAUCAGUUCUACAUUUACAAUCUUGAGCGAUAAUUAUGCAAGAGCUACAUUUAAACAUUUUAUGAAUAAUGAAGAAAAUGUAUUAUUAGGAGGUGGAGGGAUAGAAGGUCACCUCGAGGAGCACAAAAAACAAGACACAGAAGAAGGAACGGAAGGAGAGAAAAUAGAUGAAUUUGAAAAUUUCAAUGAUAUUUGCAUUAACAGUAUUGAACUAAUACAUUCUAUAUAUACUAAUAUGAAAAGAAACGAAAUAAUGAAAAAAAAAGAAAGAAGUGAUCAAGAUGAAAAAAUAAAUGUAGAAAAAUAUGAAAAAUCUUCUACGAUAGUAGCAAUCCAAAAUUCAACGAAUGGAUGGAGAGGUUUAUUUUUGAAUAAAACGAGUAAAAUAUUAACAGACGAAAUUGUUUUUAGCCUAAGACAAUGUUCCCCUUGCUUUAUGAAUAAUGAAUGGUAUAGAUUAUAUGCAUCAUGGAAAGAAGGAAGGAGUUUUAAUAGGUUUAUUAGCUGUCUUUUUCAUUAUGAAUCACCAAUUGUUAUUGUAAUAAAGACAAAGGAUAACCAAAUUUUAGGAGCUGUAUCUACAACACCCCUUAAGGAUUCCCAUUUAUUUCAAGGUUCAUCAAACGACUUUUUAUUUUCAGCACAUCCUGUAUUUAGAAUUAUACGAUCAAAUCAAUUUGGUACAAAUUACGUGUACCUCAAUAGCAAAAAUUCCUUCUAUCCAAAAGGCUUAGGAUUCGGUGGAAGAUCCGAAUGUUUUCGAUUAUUUUUGAGUGAUGAAUUUAAGGAUUCUUAUUGUACGCAAUCUGAUUAUACGUAUAAGAGUGGCCACUUGUACUUUCCUCACUACCAGAAGGAUAAGUGCAACUCCCCGAGCAGUAAUAACAGCCAUGGUCGCAGCGAUGAAGACUGCAAUGGAGACGUGAAUGGAGGUAGGAAUAACAAUUGUAACACUCACAAUGGUGGUAAUGUGCACAACUUGAAGCAUGAGCAUCGGGUAUAUGAAGACGAGGAUGACGAUGACAAUUACAAUGCAGACAAAUUUCUGUACAAAUUAUCCAUCAAUGAAGUUGAGGCAUGGGGAUGUGGAGAUAAGAAGGCAAUCGAGCAGCAGAUUCUGAUGCAGCAAAAGGAGGAAGCCUAUAAGCAGGAGAGAUCAACAGAUAAAUCAAAAAUUGUGCAAAACAGUUUCGAUAAGGAAUUCCUCUUAUCCAAUGUUUUCGUUGGAGGAAAGUACGAAGAACUCUCCUUAGAUAAAUAA